UAGACAAUGAGUAUUCCAAUGGCUCCUAAGAAAUCAUGCUACGCACAGUUACAGGGCAGCAGAAACGGUGUGACCAACAACAAUGAGAAUGUUCUCAGUCUGGGAGAUACAAAUGCCAACCAAAUCAUGGCGGAGGUUGGUUCCCCUCACACAGAGUCACAGGCGUGUGGCCUGGUGGAUGACACUGGAAAUGCCAACUCAAGGGAACCCCCCAAUAGUAUCCACUUCAGUAAGGAAUUCCAGAAGCUUCCGGAGUUUGGGAAAGAUUCACAGGCUGGACCCACCAGGCUAAAGGAUUGUCCAGUCUCGUUGGUGGUUCACACAGUGGAGAAAGACACAGCUCUUUUGCAGACCCCUCGGGGUAUUCAGGGACCUACCCUGUCAACCUGGAGGAAUGUUUUGAGUGAGACCUGUCCCAAGGUCUUGGCUAAACGCAGUGCUGACAUUACCCAGCAUGCCCCUAAAGAUAAAUUGGCAAAGACCCUUGACUCUGAGGAGCUGAGGAAACAGCCUGUGGGAAGAGCAAGCGGCCAUGCGGUUGGGGUGGAUGCAUUCACCAAGGAAGAUACUGGGGGUGUGACUGAGCAGGAUUUGCUGCCUGCCUCAGUGGACGCCACCGAAGCCCCAAGACGCCAUGUUUCUCGGGGUGUGGGAGAUCCACGGAAGACAUUGCCAAGUCAUUGUCUAGGGGACGCUAUUUACCCAGCUGAUAAUACCUCAGAGGAAAAGAUUGGACUGCAUCCCAAACCAUCUACCUCAGAAACCAAGGACAGCACCCCCUCAGAGACCCAGAGGGAGUGGGAGAAUGAAAGCACAUCACAUCCUGCACAAACAGAGUCCACUGUGGAUUUAACCACAGCCUCCAAGGCAAUCUCUGGUCAGCCAGAAGCACAAGUAACUCAAGGGAAGGAGGAGCCCAAGAGGGAACUGAAGUAUGCUCAACCCAGCGCCAUGCAGGAACUGAAGCCAGCCCAGGUGGAAUGUGUGCGGUAUCAUAAGAAAGACAGUGGGCUACGCUUAGACAGAGGAGAGCCCUGUGGGAACGCAGAGACGUUAUCUUCACACCAAGAAGCUCUUGGUACAACUAGCCAUCUACCCAGCUGUAGUGCCCAGGAUCUUGGGCAGGGAAGAGAAAGUUGUGAUGAUGAGAAGAGGGAAGUUGCUCUGGAUGGAGACUCUCCUCAAACCGUCUGCAAAGAGGGCCUGGCUGCCAUGAGAGUUGCUGAAAAUCUGCCUGUUGACAGAGUUUCAUUGAGUGUCGGUCGGCAGCUGGGUGAAACACCGCCACACAAGAUUUCAUUAGAUGAUGGUCAGGUAGUGUCUGCUAUUGGUGGUCCACCCAGCAGUGAGCCCUCUGAUGUCAAUGAGAACAGGAUGUUGAUCUGCAGAGGUAUGAACAUGGCUGCGUCUUUAACUUCGGAUUCUUCUGCUGCAGAGAGCAAUGCUGGGGUUUCUGAACCUCUUCUGAGCAGUAGCUCGGAAGCAAGAGAAAACAAGAAAAUGACCUCAUCUGUUGCUGAAACUGGGAACCUUCUGGAAAACACAGCUCAGACUGAAAGUACCCCAGCAGUGGCCAGCUCUCUUCUCAGUGUCCCAACACCCAUCAGUAUCCCAACUAUCAGUGUGACUCAUCAGCCCAUACUAGCUAGUAGCAGUGUCCAGGGUCUUGGCAUGUUGGAUGUGGACACAGGGUCCUCUGUGGCAUCUUUGCCUGCCCUUGAUACCAUGCUGUUGUUCAACACAUCCCCAAAAGUGCCUGACAAGACCAUUUGCCCCAGCGGGAUCCCCAAGUCUGUCCUCACACAUUCCAAGGACACGCCUGCCCCACAGGAAGGCAUGGAGAAUGGACAGGUGGACAAGACAGAAGUCAAGCCCAUUAUCAUGCCCAAACCGAAACACGUGAGACCCAAAAUCAUCACCUACAUCAGGAGGAGUCCUCAGGCUCUGAGUCAGGUGGACGCUUCGCUGGUUCCAGUGGGACUCCCUUACGCCCCACCUGCAUGUAGCACACCUCUUCCCAAAGAGGAGAAGACAGCAAGUGGAGACCUUAAACCACCUGCCACCCUCUAUGAGAAAUUCAAGCCAGACAUGCCGAAGCCGAGGGUCUUCAGCUCGGGGGUGAUGGUAUCUGGGAUCAAGCCCCCGGGACAUCAUUUCAGUCAAAUGAGUGACAAGUUUUUACAGGAGGUUACGGAUCGCCCUGGGAAGGAAGACUUCUGUUCUCCUCCAUGUACUCAUUACGAAGUCCCUCCAACUUUCUAUCGUUCUGCCAUGCUUCUCAAGCCCCAGUUGGGGUUGGGGGCAAUGUCCCGCUUGCCAUCUGCAAAGAGCAGGAUUCUGAUCGCAAGUCAGAGGUCUUCAGCGAGCGUCAUCCAUCCACCGGGACCUGUGACGGCCACUACCAGCCUCUACAACACGGAUUCUGUAGCAGAUUUAAAGAAAACCUCCGGUUCUAGUGCUACAAAACCCAGCCUCCCCAAAUCUGGACUGCGCCCUCCGGGCUACUCACGUCUCCCAGCUGCCAAGCUGGCGGCAUUUGGCUUCGUCCGGAGCUCCAGUGUGUCCUCUGUCUCCAGCACCCAGUCCGUGGACAGCGCCCAGACUGAGCCCUGCAGGACCAACCGUUCAACCUUUGGAAAUGAAGAGCAGCCGGCUCUGAAGGCAGCUCUGCCUUCCAAAGACACACCCAAGGCCAGCCGGGCGGCAGCCCCAGCACCCUCCAGUGCGACCACACCCCGCAGGAGUUUGCUUCCCGCACCCAAACCUACAUCUGCACCCGCCGGAACAAAGAAAGAAGCCCCCAAAGAUCAAGAUGCUCAUAAGCCUGCGGUUUCAUCUCCCAAGAGGAUUGCAGCUUCGACCACGAAGCUCCAUUCACCAGGGUACCCAAAGCAAAGGAGCACCACUCCCCGGAACGGGUUUCCUCCCAAGCCCGACCUGCAGGCCCGCGAGGCUGAGCGGCAGUUUGUUCAGCGGCUGAAGGACAAGUGUGAGGAGCAGUCCCGGCAGCUCAGCCUGGUGCGUGCUGAGCUCAGGAGAGCCAUCCGCGGCUUCGGUGCCCUGGCCGUGUCCACCCAGCACUUCUUCCGGAAGAAUGAAUGUGCCCUUGUGAAAGAAAAAGAGCUGUCCAUAGAGCUAGCAGACAUCAGGGAUGAAGUUGCCUUCAACACAGCAAAAUGCGAGAAACUGCAGAAGGAGAAGGAGGAACUGGAGAAGCGGUUCGAGGAGGAGGUGGCGCGUCUGCGAGGACAGCAGCAGGCCGAGCUCCGGGCCCUGGAGGACAGGCUGCAGCUGCAGUUUGAGGCCGAGGGGGCACGUCUGCAGGAGGAGCACCAGGGUCAGCUGCUGAGGAUCAGGUGUCAGUAUGAAGAGCAGGUGGAAGACAUCACCGCCAGCCAUGAGGCUGCCCUCCUAGAGAUGGAAAACAACCACACGGUCACCAUCACAAUCUUGCAGGAUGACCACGACCACAAAGUCCAGGAAUUGAUGUCUACCCACGAGCUUGAAAAGAAAGAAUUGGAAGAAAAUUUUGAAAAACUGCGGCUGUCAUUACAGGACCAGGUGGACACGCUGACCUUCCAGAGCCAAUCUCUGCGGGACAGAGCCCAGCGGUUCGAGGAGGCUUUGAGGAAAAACACAGAAGAGCAGCUGGAGGUUGCCUUGGCUCCCUACCAGCACUUGGAAGAGGACAUGCAGAGUCUGAAGCAGGUGUUAGACAUGAAGAACCAGCAAAUUCAUCAGCAGGAGAAGCACAUCGUCGAGCUGGAGAAGCUGGCCGAGAAGAACAUUCUCUUGGAAGAAAAGAUCCAAGUUCUCCAGCAGCAGAAUGAAGAUCUCAGAGCUCGCAUCGACCAGAACACCGUGGUCACGAGACAGCUGUCAGAGGAAAACGCGAAUCUUCAGGAAUAUGUGGAGAAAGAAACCCAGGAAAAGAAGAGGCUAAGCCGAACCAAUGAAGAGCUGCUUUGGAAACUCCAAACUGGGGACCCAACCAGCCCCGUCAAACUGUCCCCUACGUCCCCCAUUUCCCGCUGCUCCUCCUCCGGCCCUCCGUCUCCGGCUAGAGUCAGCACCACACCAAGAUGA